CAGUAGUAUAUGCUCUAAGGGGACACGCGUAAUGCGACAAUGGCGACUUGAAAGGCUGGCGUGCGCUUCCUCGCUCCGUGUAUUUUUGACAUCUCACCACUGUUUACCGUGCCUUUCCCGCACAUUCGUGAAUGUGAGUUACAUCCGUGCCACCGUGAAAUAUGUGACUGGCGAGGGGCGCAGACGGGAAACCAGGAAUCGCGUCGAUCCAGCCGUUGAAGGUAGCUAGGCGCACGACACGAUUCAAUGGUGUUGGUCCCUGCCGAAAAAACGGGAAAGCCAUGUAUACGUCGAUAUCUUGCCAACUAUAAUGCGCUGAAUUUGAUAUGUUUAUAUCCAGUGGAACAGCAGUGAAGACGUAUCAGAGGAAACAAUUACAGUGCUGAUACGGCAUGUUAAAAUAAGAGAAUCGAACGAAGGAGAUGAGCCACAAUAUUGCAGGCAUGCCACCCUUUGCAAGGAUGCCUCUGGGGGGUAUGGGCAUGGGUGUGAACAUGGGUCCUAAUGCUCCACAUCCCGAAUCUUCUGCUCACCCUCACCCACCGCCACCACCGCCGACCGGUGCCAAUCCCAAAAAGAAAAGGCGUACAAAUGCAAACGUUGCUCAGCCACCUCCACAGCAACCACCAACAGUGCAGGAUUUGUUACCUCCGCCUUUAACGGGCUAUGGAGACACGAUAGUAGCGAGUAACCCUUUCGAUGACACACCACCGCAAACGACGCAGACACAGAUGAUGCACGGCGGACCACCUCAUAUGCACCCUCAUCACCCGCACCAUAUGAGCGGACCGCCUAUGAGAGGAAUGAGUCCCUUGACGUCUAUAGGUGGGAUGAGCCCUAUGAUGCCACAUAACAUGGGCAGCAUGAGUCCGAUGGGAAACUCGCCCAUGACGAAUCAUAUGAAUCAUAUGGGAGCAAUGUCUCCUAUGAACCAUACACCGAUAGGUGGAAUGAGUCCAAUGAAUAACAUGGGCCCGAGCAUGCCACCUGGACCGAUGAACACCAUGAACAACCACAUGAACAUGAGUCAUAUGGGUAAUUCUCAGCUUAGCGGACCGCCAAUGGGCAGCCCGAUGAACAACAUGAACAGCGGCCCGAUGGGAAGUCCGAUGAAUAAUAUGGGUCAUAGUAUGGGAAGUCCUAUGGGUGGUCCAUUGGGAUCUCCUAUGAACACAAUGGGAGGGUCAAAUCACAUGCCCAAUGGACCGAUGAAUAUGAACAAUAUGAACAGCCAUAUACCACCGAACAGUCCUCUGAACGGACCGUCUAUGAACAACGUGAACAGUCCGCUGGGGCACAAUGGAUCUCAACCGCAUGCGAAUCACAUGGGGAACAAUCUUAAUAACCUGGGAAGACCGAUGAACGGACCGAUGACUACCAUGAGUUCCAUGGUGUCCAAUAAUAUGAACAUGAGCGGUCCGAACCAAAUGAAUAACAUGAACAUGGGAGGACCACCGAUGAAUAACAUGUCUAAUAUGAGUAUUAGUCAUCAUAAUCAAAUGAGCCACAUGGGCGGUCCAAUGGGUUCGAUCUCGAGUAAUAUGGGCGGUGGACCACCGAUGGGUCAUCCGAUCAACAUGGGAGGUUCGAUGCCACCUCACGGUUUCCAAGGUCCACCGGGAAUGGGACCAAAACCAAUGCCAGUCUCUGCAGGAAAGAUAUAUCCUCCGGAUCAACCGAUGGUGUUCAAUCCGCAGAAUCCGAACGCUCCGCCUAUUUACCCAUGCGGCGUUUGUCACAAAGAAGUGCAUGAUAACGACCAGGCAAUUCUUUGUGAGUCAGGUUGCAAUUUUUGGUUUCACAGGGGAUGCACGGGACUAUCGGAAACUGCCUACCAAUUAUUAACAGCAGAGGUUUACGCGGAAUGGGUGUGUGAUAAGUGCUUACAAUCGAAAAAUAUACCUUUAGUUAAGUUUAAACCAUAACACUUCUUGACUCGUCGUAUAUGCGACGCACGAGUGACUCUUUGUUAGCGUCUACACCUUUGUACACGCGCACACACACGCGCGCGUGCGAGUGCGUAUUGCACACACAUAACGUAACGCAGCAUACACUGGUGUGCACGUAUGAAAUCGUGCACACGACAUAAACAUGAUGCGCUGUUUGUUAAUAUCUUAGCUUUAACUUGUUGAAAUAUUAGGAUAUAACAAUGAAUCGUAUCAAUGAACGAGAUGGCAGGAAGGAUACAUUAAAUUUUUAGUUUGUUCGGAACAAGUCGAUUUUGUUUAAAAAAAAGAAUUAUUUCACUUUGAAUCGCCGUUGAGUCGUGGUCCCGAUUGUAAUGAAAAAUACGUGAAACGAAUCUUGGAAGGCACGUUAUAAAUAGGAAAUAUCUUUUCUAUGACUGUGAAGUUAUAUGAUAAAAUUUGUUCGAUUUCAUA